CCCAGUAGCAGCGGUGAGGCAGAGGAUAGCAGCUGCUGUCAGCUUCAGUUGAUGCUAGUAAGCAACCCCCAUGCCCCUGUAUAGCUUCCGGUGACGACAUCGACCCAUCCACCAUUUGUCCACGACCAUCGGAAACGGACUGUCCUGCCAUGUAUCGGAACAAGGAAGAUAUGCCGGAUAUCCUACAAACCCCGCUCAUGACCUGAAGCUAAUGCAACGCGAAAUGCAUGGGUCGGUCGGGAAGGGGACGAGAGGGAGGAACCUACCCGCUCCCGACCCGCCUCUGACGACGAGAUGAUAUCCGCGAGGUCUAUCCAGCUGCUCGAUAAAUAGCCAACACCCCCCUACAAUCUAUGCUUCUUUUCCCUCUUAAUCAACAUCUACAUCAUUUCCAAGCCCCUCUUUCCGCCCAGAAUCCGCCAAACCUCACAAUGCUUGGCAAGAUCGCCCUCGAGGAAGCCUUUGCGCUCCCUCGCUUCGAGGAAAAGACGCGCUGGUGGGCGAGUCUCUUUUCCACCGACCCCGAAACCCACGUCAAGGAGAUCACAGACAUCAACAAGCUCCGCAUUGAAUAUGCCAACAAGCACAGCGUCGGAUACCAGAUCCUUUCCUACACAGCUCCGGGUGUCCAAGACAUCUGGGAUCCCGUCGAGGCGCAGGCCCUCGCCGUCGAGAUCAACAACUACAUCGCAGAGCAGAUCCACGACAAGCCAGAUCGCUUCGGCGCAUUCGCAACCCUCUCCAUGCACAACCCCCAAGAAGCAGCCACGGAACUCCGCCGCUGCGUCCAAACCCUCGGCUUCAAAGGCGCCCUCGUAAACGACACCCAACGGGCCGGCCCCGACGGCGACGAUAUGAUCUUCUACGACAACACAGACUGGGACAUAUUCUGGCAAACAUGCGCCGAACUCGACGUACCCUUCUACCUGCACCCGCGCAACCCCACCGGCACAAUCUACGACAAGCUCUGGGCGGACCGGAAAUGGCUGGUGGGACCACCUCUCAGCUUCGCACAUGGCGUCAGUCUUCACGUCCUGGGCAUGGUAACCAACGGCGUCUUUGACCGCCAUCCCAAUCUCCAAAUCAUAUUGGGUCAUCUCGGUGAACACAUCCCCUUUGAUAUGUGGCGGAUUAACCAUUGGUUCGAGGAUCGGAAGAAGCUUCUUGGGUUGGCGGAGACGUGCAAGAAGACGAUACGGGAGUACUUUGCCCAGAAUAUCUGGAUCACGACGUCUGGACAUUUCUCGACCACGACGUUGAAUUUCUGUAUGGCGGAGGUGGGAGCAGAUCGGAUCUUGUUCUCGAUUGAUUAUCCUUUUGAGACGUUCGAGGAUGCGUGUGUUUGGUUUGAUGGGGCUGAGUUGAAUUUGGUUGAUAAGGUGAAGAUUGGGCGGGAUAAUGCGAAGAGGUUGUUUAAGUUGGGGGAGUUUAAGGAUAGUAAUGCUUGAUACCUAUGUAUUUGUUUGGUGUAGGUGGUAUGAAAUCAGAUUGUUACUUGGUAGUUUAAUCGGAU